CCAAUGUUUUAGCUUGAGAUAUUUACACUCUUCCAUCUCCACAGAGUACAUGAUGGGAUCAUCCUAUCCAAAGCCAGCAUUUGAGUCCUACAUAUACAACAAGAGUGUGAAGAGAGGAGAGGACAUCACGCUCUCCCUCAAGACCAACGUUGACUAUGUGGAGGUCAGGUGGAGCAAGGAUGGCCAAACGCUGUACAGCGGAGGCAGGGUGGAGAUCAGCAAGUCUGGGACCGACCUAACCCUGAAGAUUAGGAACGCCAGGGAGGAGGACGAGGGCAAGUACACCGUACGCAUCAGCUACGGAGGUGACAGCGCGUCAGAUUCAGCUAAUAUCACCAUGCUCGAGUAUGACCGCGACUGGCGCCGUGUAGACUGGCGGCAAAACGACGUCAUUAAGAACAAACUACUGAGCCUGAGCUGUGAGCACCUAGGGGUGAAACAGGUGCGUCUGCUGCUGCACGGCCCUGUGGGGUCUGGCAAGUCCAGCCUCAUCAACUCCAUCAACAGCGUCUUCCUGGGCAGAGUGGCGAUCGGGGCCCUGGCAGAAAGCUCAGCCAGCACCAGCUUCACAACACACUACAAAACCUAUCAGAUCAGAGACAGACGGGGCAGACCUUUACCGUUCGUCUUCAAUGACAUCAUGGGUCUGGAGUCUAGAUAUGAUGAAGGCGUGCAUCCUCAUGACAUCGUCUAUGCCAUUAAAGGACACAUAAAAGACAACUACAGGUUUAAUCCUGUAUGCCCACUUUCCUCAACACACCCACACUACAACAGCAGCCCUUCUCUGUCUGAUAAAGUCCACUGCCUGAUCAGUGUGGUGGCUGGAGACAAAAUUUCUCUGAUGGACGGUCAGAUCAUUCAGAAGAUGCGUGAAAUUAGAAUGCACGCUAGUGAAUUGGGUAUCCCUCAAGUGGUGUUCAUGACUCAUGUGGAUAUGGCAUGCUCUCUUGUACAUUACGACCUGAAGCAUGUCUACUCCAGCAAAUCGAUAAGGAAGAAGAUGCAAGAAUGCAGUGUCAAACUGGGCGUGCCCUUGAACUGCAUCUACCCAAUCAAGAACUACCACGAGGAGAACCGAUUGGACAAUAGGUUGGACAGUCUGAUACUGGAUGCCCUGACAAAUGCCGUCAACUUUGCAUUUGACUUUGUCAGUUUCCUGGAUAUGUGACUGGAAAGAAAUCUAGAUGGGUAGACACUGUGCAAUAUGUGGAGAAGGCAUUGGUGUUGAGAACUUCUAACUCCUGUAACUCCAGCACACAGAGACGAAUGAAAUGCCACUAUUUCUUAUAGAAAAUCUCUUUGGAUAUUGCCUGACAAUUCCCAUCCUGCCUUGUGCGCUUGAUCUGAUCUGAAGGACAGCAUGGAAACCCUGGCAGAAAUCUUUGCCGGAGUUUGGAAAUUCAGAAAACACAGAACAGAGAGUGCAAGACAUAUUGUUAGACAAAUUGGCGUGUAAAUUGUUUACAGAUCUAGCAGUGCACAUUGUGCAAGCCGCCACUAAACACCGCUGAAAAAGAAGGAGAGGAUCACGGCCCCUUGGGAAACCAAACGAUAUCCCACUCCUUUGCCUUGGUGACAUGUGCUAUGCUUUUUCUUGGUUUAUUGAUUUGGUAGCACUAGACUGGUCACUGAAGCGUUACAUGAAAGCCAAAGGUGACAAACUACAGGUCACAGGAACAAGCUUUUUUUUAACAACACCAUGUCAACAUGCAACCUUUGAUGGAUCGUCCGAGCUUCGCUGUUGGUAAACACCUGUGAUUGUAAACAAAAUACAAGAGUAACCACGUAGUAUUAUUUUAUUUCAUGCAGUCAUGUUCAUUGUCAUGUGUUGUAAAGCUUCUGUAUGUUUCUGCAAAGCAGUUUGUGUAGUUUGUUGUACUUAUUGUUAUUCUAUGGAAAUGGAAAUAGAGACAUUCAGUUCCCAUGAACAGUUGGUUUAGGUAAGCAUUUGAUUUUUAGAUUUUACUAGGACAAUGUACAAUUUAAACAUAAUGUUACCAUUUCAUGCAUAGUGCCAGAGUUAAUCCCAGGCUAAUGCAGAAAAAUGCAGGUUAAUGUUAUUUAAACAUGUUACCCAUUUUUUGUCUUUCGCAUUUGUGUAAGUAAAUUAAGCUGUAAUGAGUGAACUA